AUGUCCUCGUCAGGACGACCAGAGCACCAGGCUCCGCCAGAAAUUUUUUACAAUGAAACGGAAGCAGCAAAAUACACAAGCAACACUCAUAUGAUAGACAUCCAGCAGAAGUUGUCAGAGAGAGCCUUGGAGCUGCUUGCACUUCCAGACGAUGUCUCCUGUUAUAUCUUAGAUAUUGGUUGUGGCUCUGGCUUAAGUGGCGAUGUUCUGACAGAAGCAGACCAUGUCUGGGUAGGCAUCGACAUCAGCCCCUCUAUGUUGGCAGUUGCACGGGAGCGGGAGGUUGAAGGAGACCUGAUUCUGGGAGACAUGGGUGAUGGUCUACCCUUCAGACCGGGAACUUUUGAUGGUGUCAUCAGCAUCUCAGCCCUGCAGUGGUUAUGUAAUGCUGACAAGAAGUGCCACUCUCCUGCCAAAAGAAUGCUGAAAUUCUUCCGGACGUUGUACUCAGUUAUGAGAAAUGGCACUAGAGCUGUCUUUCAGCUGUAUCCAGAGAACAGUGCUCAGCUUGAGCUUCUGACCCAGCAAGCCAUGAAAGCUGGCUUUACUGGAGGAUUAGUUGUGGACUUCCCGAAUAGUUCCAAAGCCAAAAAAAUAUUUUUGUGCCUUUUCUGUGGUGGAUCAACACAAGCUCUGCCUGAGGGCCUGGGCACAGAGAACACGGCCACAAAUGUGCGACAGAAACAUGUCAAAGGGCAAAGGAAACCACUGAAGACUUUAAGAGACCGGGUCUUAGAAAAGAAAGAAAGAUGGCGUCGCCGUGGAAGGGAAACCAGACCAGACACACAGUACACUGGGAGGAAGAGACGAAGCCAUCACUUUUGA